ACAAACACACAGGAGUCCCACAUGCAUUACGUGGGAAGCUGAGCCUGAGUACACACCAUGAUCAGUUCUACUGCUGCAAUGCAGAGAUGCAAAACAGCAAACUUCACUGGUGGAGAACUCAAACAUUAACUGAGAAAAAGGCAACACCAAAAAGGGUGAAGACAAACGAAACCUUUAAACACAGCAGGCGAUAGGCUGGCGAUUGAUAUGGCCGUCUUUGUGCCAGGACUCCUCAUUUGUCUGAUGGCAGCACAAACCAUUCAGCAUGAAGGACAGAGAACCGGGCCAAAAACCAAUAAUUCCCUCGGUGCAAUACCAAAAACCUUCAAGGGGAGGACGAGCAAAUUAAAUCACACAAGCCAGCUGCCGGCCAGGCUCUAUCCCAGCACAAACCCUCUGUUUGUGGACUCUGAGGGUGCAGUGACAGCCUAUACCACAGGGGUCCUCAGCACCCGGGUCAUACCUUCAUCAUACAUCCUGGCCAUGCUGGUGGGUAUCCCCUCCAACGUCUACAUUCUGGCCUUCCUCAGGCUUAGAGCAAAGUCCUUCUCAGCAGGAGUUCUUUACCUGAACCUGGCCCUGUCUGACCUGCUGCUGCUGCUUUCUCUGGCGCUGCGAGUUCACUACCACUUCAGUGGAAACAACUGGACAUUUGGAGAAAUGUCCUGCCGGCUUAUCACAGCCUUGUUUUAUGGGAAUGUUUACUGUUCAGCUCAGACUAUAGCAUGCAUCAGUGUGAAGCGCUACCUGGCUGUGGUCAGACCCUUUUUGUACCGAAGGCUGGCGAAGACUACGCUGGCAGCGUGGAUGUGCUUGGUGUUGUGGUUCCUGUUUGGGGCUGCUACUGUGCCUGAGCUCCUGGUCAAACAGAGCUACCAGGUUAACCCGUUGGGUGUCACCACCUGUCAUGAUGUACUUCCCCUAGAGGAAAAAUCCCAUUCACUGCUGAUGCUAUACAGGUUGAUACUGGUUUGUCUCAGCUUCAUAUUGCCCUUUGUGGUGUGUAUCUAUGCCCAUGUGGCAAUGGUGUACCACCUAGGGCAGUCAGGUUGUGACUGGAGACCUUUUAUCAGGGUCAGCACUGUGGUUUUCAUCAUCUUCGUGGUGUGUUUCUUGCCCAGCGGCAUCCUGCACUUCGCCCACUACAUGCGACUGUUUUUUAAGGGGGAUGAUGGACUGUAUGGAUACUACAGAGUAGCAGUGUGUCUGUGCUGCUUCCACAGUUGUCUGGAUCCCUUCCUGUGUAUGCUCAUUUCCAAGACAACAGCCUCAGAACUACAAUUCAUCUCCCUCCCAGGGAUAUCUCAGAGGCCGGCUGUUAUGAUGUGAGACUGGGUGUGUGCGUGCACAGAAACCGCAUCUCCUUGCUGGACUAUUGUUGGGAACCAGCAGGGAAGGCCAGAAACAAAGAUGUGAAAGUUAAAACUGGAUGCUGUGAAUUUAACAGGACAAUAGUGCAGUCUCUGUAAGGUCAAGAACAAGACCAAUGUCUGUUGUCAGUUUGUUGGGAAUAUCAGGCUCAGGAAAUGAACUUUAAGACUGUGUAACCUCUACUAGCCCAUUAUUUCAGAUCUGCAACUGCUGGCUUGACACAGAAUCAGAGUAUGUUGACAACUAUAAUAUUUUUGUCCUUGACUGGUUACAAAGUCAUCUUUCCCUCCCAGCUUUUAAUUACAUAUAAGUCUAACCGACUGAUUUGAAAGCCAGAUAUUUCAUUUAACCAUUUUUCAAUUUUGAUAAUAUUUUGAUAAAUUAUCCAGCCCUGAUGUACAUAAGACGCAUAUUAUACUUUUAAUAUGUACUAUAGCAACAUUAAGCAAUUCAGAACUGUAACGAUGCAGUAAUGUAAAAGAGAUGAGUGGCUGCGGUGCAAGUCCAAUAAAACUAAUGAUAAAAAUGACAUUAAGCUUGAAUUUCUUUU